AUGAAGAGCGGUGGCUUGGGCGCGGUUCCUUCAUACGGCGUCCCCGCUAAACGACGGUGGAGAGGACUCGUGAUUGCGGUGCUCGGUCUCGUCAUUCUCUCCAUGCUCGUUCCUCUCGUCUUCUUGCUCGGUCUCCACAACGGCUUCCACUCUUCGGGUACGAUCUCGCCGAGAUCUCUCUCCUCUUUAUAUACGCUCUUCCGUUCUUCCACAUUCUACCCUCGCGCCAGAUCCGCAUCAAUUAUGCCUCCGAUUUCUCUAUUCACUCGCUCUUCCUCGUUCAAUCAGAAAAGUCUUGAUAGACAUGAUGUCGGUCAUAAAGAGUCUGAGGGAGAACAAUCAAGUCAUGUGGAGAAAUUGAUCAACCAGUUUGAACCAACUCUUUCAAAGGAUGUUCUCAGGAAAUAUGUUCCACAUGGCAAGAAUCACACCAUCAAUAAGACUGCCAGCGAUGAUAAACAAAGAGGUGGUUCUACUGACACCAUGGAUACGACUGCCAGUGAUGAUAAACAAAGAGGUGGUUCUACUGACGCCAUUGAUAAGACUGCCAGUGAUGAUAAACAAAGAGGUGGAUCUACUGACACCACUGAUAAGGCUGCCAGUGAUGAUAAACAAAGAGGUUCUAAGGUGCCACCAAAUGGUGUUCUGCAAUCACCUCCGACCUCAAAUAAUCCUAGCAAUGGUCACAGUGAUCAAGUCACUCGCACUGAAACAAGCUCUACCAAUGAAGACAGAAAUUCAUGUGAGGUCACAUUUGGUAGUUAUUGCCUGUGGCAACAAGAACAUAGACAAGAAAUGAAAGAUGCUCUGGUUAAGAAACUGAAAGACCAACUAUUUGUGGCUAGAGCUUAUUAUCCUAGCAUUGCAAAACUCCCAGCAAAAGAUAAAUUGUCUCGCCAACUGAAACAGAAUAUACAGGAGAUGGAGCACAUGCUUAGUGAAACUACCUCAGAUGCUGAUCUUCCAUCAGUGGCUGAGAGUUAUUCAAAGAAGAUGGAAAAUACACUAACCAGAAUAACAUCAAUUCCUGUGGAUUGCAACAACGUGGACAAGAAAUUGAGACAAAUAUUUGAUUUGACCGAGGAUGAGGCCAACUUCCACAUGAAACAGAGUGCAUUCUUGUACAAACUUAAUGUUCAGACAAUGCCGAAAAGUCUUCACUGCCUGUCUCUGAAACUAACUGUAGAAUAUUUCAAAUCCCCACAUUAUGAAGAAAAGGCUGAUGAAGAAAAGUUUAUUGAUUCUUCAUUGCAGCAUUAUGUUAUUUUCUCUAAUAAUGUGCUUGCAGCUUCAGUAGUAAUCAACUCCACUAUAUUUCAUGCAAAAGAAAGUUUGAAUCAGGUUUUUCAUGUGUUGACUGAUGGAGAAAAUUACUAUGCAAUGAAGCUCUGGUUCUUGAGGAACCAAUAUAAGGAUGCUGCUGUUCAAGUGCUGAAUGUUGAGCUGGAUGGCCAAAUGGAAAAUCCAUCGCAUCUAUCCUUGCCUGAGGAGUUCCGUGUUUCAUUUCGUGGUUAUGAUAAUCCAUCGAUGAAGCAGAUUAGAACGGAAUACCUUUCAAUUUUUUCUGAUUCACACUAUUUACUUCCUGAUUUAUUCGGCAAUUUGAAGAAAGUUGUGGUUCUUGAUGAUGAUGUUGUUGUCCAGCAAGACUUGUCCGCCUUAUGGAACAUAGACUUGGGAGAUAAAGUUAACGGUGCAGUGCUGUUCUGCUCAGUAAAGCUGGGUCAACUGAAAAGUUAUCUGGGUGAGAAAGGUUUCAGCCACAAUUCCUGUGCUUGGAUGUCAGGGUUGAACGUAAUUGACUUGGGGAGGUGGAGAGAACUUGGUCUUACUCAAACUUACAAAAAGUUGAUAAAAGAGUUCACCAUGCAAGGAGGAUCUAUCGAAGGUAUUGCAUGGCGGGCAAGCUUGAUCGCCUUUGAGAAUAAAAUAUAUCCACUGAAUGAGUGGGUUGUGUCUGGACUGGGUCAUGAUUAUACCAUUGAAUCUCAGCCCAUUAAGACAGCUCCGGUGCUACACUAUAAUGGGAAAAUGAAACCUUGGCUUGAUCUGGGAAUUCCACAGUACAAAAGCUAUUGGAAGAAGUUUCUGAACAAAGAGGAUCAGCUCUUGAGUGAAUGCAAUGUAAAUUCGUAA